AUGAAGUACGUCAUUGAGCACAUGGAGGAGGGCUUCUCAGAGUGGGUGAUCUUGGAGUAUUCCCAGAUCAUCCGUGAUGUUGGUAAAGAAAACUUGAUCUUGUCGUCGUUGCCCAAAACCACCACCGAGAAAGACAUUCCAAAGAGACUUUUGGAAUUGGGGCUUCAGUGGACUACUGACGAGUGUAUUAACCUCGAUGGGGGUUUGGACGUCAACAGAGUGUGUUUGCUUGAUCCUGGCGCUGAUAAGGACUUGGAACCUGCCGAUCUGGAUAACUUUGAUUACUUCAUUUUCGGAGGAAUCUUGGGUUCUCACCCUAGAGUUGACAGAACCGGAAUUUUGAGAGAGAAAUACGGUUUUGCUGGUAGAAGAUUGGGUGCUUUACAGAUGACCACCGACACAGCCAUUAGAACUACCCAGAUCAUCGUAAAGGACCAAACCAAGUUUGAGGAUAUCAAGUUCAUUGACUAUCCAGAAAUCAGAUACUCCAAGUAUGAGUCCACAGAGAUGCCAUUCAGAUACGUUUUGGACAAGGAGGGGACUCCAAUCUUGCCCGAGGGAAUGUUGGAGUUGAUCAAGCACGAUGCAGAGCAGAGCAUAGAUGACUUAUUGAUGGAGUAG